AUGGACGCCAGAAAUGAAAAAGACGCCAGGUCUGCAAAAGACGCCAGGUCUGACAUAGACAUCGGCACCAAAGGCACCAGAGACACCCAGCACCGCGAGGAAAUGCGCCGGCGCUUUCAUGCGCACAAGUUCUGGCCCGUUGUGCGCCGGCGCUUCUACUACCUCUCGGAGCCAGAGCUCUUCAAGGCCAUGGUCAAGGGCAAGGGCAAUCUCCGGGACAUCAGCCAGUGGCUAGCCGAGAACAUUCCGUUGAACGAGCGCUUGUUGCAGUACGACGCCGCCCAACAGGCGCAGCUGGCCCGGGACGACCGCCGUUCGGAGGCCGGCACACAUAACCAGGGAGCACAUAACCCGGGCGCACAUAACCCGGGCGCACAUAACCCGGGCGCACAUAGCCAGACGCCCCGUGGCCCCGCCGGCGGGCUCUCUGACGAGGACGCGUCGCCCGUCAAGGCGCCCGGCAAGGCGCGCCAGAAGCGCAGCGCCCCCGCCGCCGAGCCUGCCGCCGUGGCGCCCGACACCAAGGUGCACCUCCUGAAGCCCAAGGUGUCGAUCUUGGAGAAGUACCGCGCACGGCAGCAGCCCAAAAUCGACCACUUGCUCCUGCGCUCCGCCGCCUGCGAGGACCCCAAGCGGCGCCGGCUCAUGCGGGCCGACCGCGUGGCGCCGCUCGUGAUCUCGGAGCCGGGCGCCGGCUCGGCGCUGCUCCUGCCCGCCGCGAGACUCGCGCAGAAGUUCGCGUGCCGCGACGACGAGGUCCCCAAGCUCAAGCAGCUGCGCGCGGGCGACGCCGUGGCCGUGGACGAGUUGGACGCGCUCGAGGAGAAGAUCCGGGCCAACCGCAAGAAGGGCCAGGCCAUCCGCGUGGACAGCGACGCGGACCUCGAGGAGGAGGUGUUCAGCGACGACAUGUCCGAGGAGGACAUGGACCACUACGCCGCGGGGCUCACGUCCAUCGACGCGCAGAUCCUCGAGUUCCUCAACCAGGCGCCCGUGGACGACCUCGCGGAGAUCUGCAACGUGCCGCCGCAGACCGCGGAGUCCAUCGUGGCGAAGCGCCCGUUCCGCUCCAUCUACGAGGUGUCCGAGGACAAGUUCGAGGAGGACACGCCCGGCCCGGAGUCCAAGCGCAAGUAUCAGCGCAAGCCGCUCGGCUUGAAGAUCGUCGAGCGCACCGAGUUCAGCUUGAAAGGCUACCGCGCCGUGGACUCGUUGGUGAAGCAGUGCUCCGAGUACGGCAAGUUGAUCUCCCGCCAGAUGGCCCGCUGGGGCGUGAAGGUGACAGGCGAGGGCGAGUUGGACAUGGUCGACGUCAAUUUCGGCUGCACGGCCGAGGGCUCUGCGAACGGCGACACUCUCGCCACCGCCGACCACGACCACAGCCACGACCACGACGACGAAGACGACGACUUGUCCGCCACCACCAAGCGCGGCCUCCCCUAUGUGAAGCACAAGCCCACGCUUCUUGCGCCGGACAUCGAGUUGAAGACGUACCAGCAAGUGGGAAUCAACUGGUUACACUUGCUCUACCACAACAAGCUCUCGUGCAUUCUCGCAGACGAGAUGGGGCUUGGCAAAACCUGCCAGGUCAUCUCAUUCAUGGCGUACCUCAAGUCCACCACCGACAAGCCGCGCCCGCACUUGGUCGUGGUGCCGUCAUCCACGCUCGAGAACUGGUUGCGUGAGUUCCAGAAGUUCUGCCCAGAAAUGGUCGUGCAGGCGUACUACGGCCUGCAAGCCGAGCGGGAAGACUUGCGUUACGAGUUGGUCGACACCGAGUUCGACGUGCUUGUCACCACCUACAACUUGGCCACGGGCGGUGCCUCGGACUUCAAGUUCUUGCGCAGCCAGAACUUCGAUAUGAUCGUCUACGAUGAAGGCCACAUGUUGAAGAAUUCCAACAGCGAGAGAUACAACAAGCUCAUGAGGCUCAAGGCGGGCUUUCGCUUGUUGUUGACGGGAACGCCGCUCCAAAACAACUUGAAGGAGUUGGUCUCCCUCUUGGCGUUUAUGCUUCCUGGGCUAUUUGUCGAGAAGCGCGAGGACUUGCAGGGACUCUUCAACAAGACUGCCAUGCUCAACAGUUCCAAGGACUACAAUCCGCUCUUGUCCCAGCAGGCUAUCAACAAGGCCAAGACCAUGAUGACGCCGUUUGUCUUGAGAAGAAAAAAGGCACAGGUGCUCAAGUAUCUCCCCGAGAAGAGUCACCAGGUGGCCAAAUGUGACAUGACACCCACACAGAGAGACAUUUACGAUGAAUAUAUCAGACAGGGUAAGCAGACUAAGUUGGAGAGGGAGAGAAGGAAAACAUUGACUGGCAAGGCGGCAGAGGAAGCCAAGGCGGCGCCUGUGCAGUCGUCGUCAAACGUGAUGAUGUCCUUGAGGAAAGCUUCCAUGCACCCGCUCUUGUUCCGCCGAAUCUACACAGACGAGAAAUUACACGAAAUGAGCAAGAGGAUCAUGGGUGAGCCCCAAUAUGUCGAUGCCAAUCGGGAGUACAUUGUGGAAGAUAUGCUGGUCAUGAGCGACUAUGAGUUGAAUAGUUUGUGUGAGAAGUUUCCCAAGUCACUAGGCUCGUUUGUGUUGGAGGAGCUGAAAUGGCUUGAUAGCGGGAAGGUGACCAAGUUGUUGGAAAUCAUUCGCUCCGUCAUCGGGCGCAAAGAGAAGGUUUUAGUAUUCUCGCUUUUCACGCAGAUGCUCGAUGUGCUCGAAAAAAUCUUGAGUUUUGCCAAUAUCACGUUCGUUAGAUUGGACGGACAGACAACUGUCGAUACGAGACAGGACAUCAUUGACCGCUUUUACGAAGACGAGUCUAUUCCUGUGUUUUUACUUUCAACAAAGGCAGGCGGAUUCGGAAUCAAUUUGGUGGCAGCAAACAACGUUGUGAUCUUCGACCAAUCUUUCAAUCCACACGACGACAAGCAGGCCGAGGAUAGAGCACACAGAGUUGGUCAAACACAACAAGUGUUGGUGACGAAACUCAUCUCCGAGAACACAAUAGACGAAAACAUCUUGAUGCUUGCCGAAAACAAAUUGCAGCUCGACCAUACGAUCAGCAAUGAGCCGAACGAUACCAAAUUCGAGGAAAAGGCCGCUUCUAUGUUCGAGAAGCUUUUGUUUGACAAGUAG